UAUAUAUAUAUAUAUAUGUAGACAACAUUAUAUUUUUAUUUGUAACACUUUUGUAUAGGAAUUUUUUUGUAAUACGAUAACAUGAUACGUUUUCUACAAUUAUAUGUUUUAUGACACUUUACCUUUUUCAUAUGACAUAUUAUCAGAAUCAUUUAUAUUAUAAAUAUUUUUUAUAUCAUUAGCGAAUAAUCUACUUGAACGCGUUAAAUAUGAGCGCUCGUGUUUAUCAAUUGACACACGAAAUGUGAUGCUAUAUGAUGUCAGAAGAAUAUUCUUGACUUUAAAAUCUAUCACGUAUUAUUAAUAUUUUGUUAAAUAAAGCCUUAAUGUAUAAUGCUCCCGCGAAAUGUUGUUUACAGAUUCGUGAACUUCCUAUAUCGAUAGUACGCUAUGUUUGCAAGAUCGGCAUUUCUCAGUUUACAAGCAUUAAUCUCUCAGUUAUAUUAUAACGCGAAAAUGGUAAAAAGUCUUUCAUUAAAAGUUUCGAGAAGCAAACAACUCAUCGGCAAUUUAAUUUUUUUCGUUCGAGCAUUCGUCGAGUGUUUUUUCGUCAUCUUAACAAAAAAUUCUACUUUAAUACUCCUUCCAUUAAUUCACGGCUGAAUAAUUGCGACGCUGAUUAUUAUCGUAACUUUUACAAUUUUAUAUAUUAAAUAUUCAUCGCAUAUUUUUACACCUUCUUAUUUUCCAUCGAUUGAAUUAAAUUGAAUCGAAUUGAUUUUAAGUUCAAUUCACUUCGUUUUUGACACAAAUCUUUUCCAUCUAUCUCAGUGUAAUUAAUUAGGAUAUACGGAGUCGAAAUUUUGAUUUAACUAUACAUUAAAAUUUUCCAGUGCAAUUCGAAUAAUUGGCUCGUAAUUAGAAAAGUAUGAAAUUUACUUACAUCUUUUUCUUUAUAAUCGGAAUGUUUUGGCUCAUCGAGGGAUAUACAGAAGAACCUUAUUCAAACAUAUACGAUCAAGUGGACGUCGAUGCGAUUUUUAAUAGCGAACGAUUUUUAAAUCAAUAUAUAAAUUGUUUGCUCGAUGAUGGUCCUUGUACCGCCGAUGGACGUAGUCUUAAGCAAGUACUUCCUGAAAUAUUGGCUACUCAAUGCGCGAGAUGUAACGAAUACCACAAGAAAAUAGCAAAAAAGAUUUGGCAACUGAAGGAAAAGAAGCCUAAGGUAUGGGAUCAGUUCAAAAAGAAAUACGAUCCUGAAAAUAUAUAUAUCGAUAAGUUUGAAGAAUAUCUUAAAAAUAAUUAAUGUAUGUAUAUAACA